CGCGUAUCGCUGGCGAAGCGCUGGCCGUGACUGGAACUGCAGCCCUCGUUCCUCAACCGAAACUGAAGUCUCUUGGGAGACGGUGGCCUCCAAUCAAUCCAUCCCGCAACCCUUGUGUCCCGCUCAUCGAUGGCGCAGAUGUCACGCAGGAUGCAAGCCUCCUCUGGAAGGUUCAGGGCUGGGCGACCUGCUACUGGUUGGAACAUCGACGCUCGGCUCUCGCAGCAGCUGGGCUUGAAGCGCCGUGGGGAGCCAGGCGUUUGGCAACUGGCGUGUGCUAAUCUUCCAUUCCACAAUGCUCCUCUUCCUAUCAGUACAAGUGAGGUGGCACAUCCAAUACAACCCCCCAAUGAAUGCUAUUGCUGUUCCGCAGCCACCUUGUCGAGCGGAGGAAUCCCCCGUUCUCAUCAGCUGAGCAAGCCUCCAUAUAAUCGCGCGAAUUUCCCGAGGUAUCCUCACAGUAUUGAAACACCUAUUGGAUAAACUCUACGAACUGUUCGACUGCAUUGCAUCCUGUUGGUAUACCAACAAUAGGCAGAACAAUUCUAGUUUUUCCCGCGCAACCAAUGGACCUCAGGCAUUUGGCAGCAUCCGCUCAUGCUGGGU